GGACUAGACUCAAAGAGUUUCUUGCUGAUGCCGCAAAUCAGCACUUUGCCUACAAUCCACGUUUUGCUGCGCUCUUCCAGACGGGAAAAAACGCGUUCGAAGAAUAAGAAUUUAGCCACUGCGUCAUCGACAGGACAGGCUAGUAGUGGCGCCUCGCAAGACAAUGACGCUACCUCAUCCAACACUUCCGGUACUCAUUUUUUCACCCCACCUGCCAGUGCACAUUCUUUUAAUCCAUAUUAUCCUCCACACUUUACUAACCAGCCAUAUUUUCAUCAAUUCUAUGCUAAUCCAGCUCUCCGCGCACCAUCUUACUCUACAACGCAACAUAAUAAUUCAUCCGGCGGUCCCAUUGCGUCAUCAUCAAACUUGGACAGACAACCUCAGCAUCCUUACAACACACACAGUCUCCCUACACAUCCCCCUCAAUUAUACAACUACGGUACUAAUCAUGGUCACCCUCGUACUUAGAUUCUACUAGUAUAUACUGUACUUGCUUGCUCACGCCGAAUACUAACUCACUUCCUUGCG